AUGUCGUUUAUAGAUGAAGCAUCAAUAGAUGAACAAAUACAUGAAACGCAGGAUGGGGAUAGUAUUUUGUCUUUCUAUCCGGCAGAGAUUAAUGAAGAAGAUAUCGAUGAUCCUAAUAUUUCAGAAGAAAAUAUUAUUAAGUAUGAAAAUACGUACAGAAUGGAAUCUAAAAACCCAUUUGAUGAACGUCUAGCCAAAGUAGUAUUAAAAACUGAAAUUGAAAACCAUUUCAACAACGAAACCAAAUACGACCCAAACGAAGCAAUACAAACCUGUUAUAAUAUUUCAUUUAAUGUAAGAAAUAAAAUUCGGGAAAUGGAAUUUGAUAGAUAUAAAAUUGUUUGCAUUGUUGGAAUUGUAGAAAAGAGAAGCCAAGGAGUGAUAUCAAAAGUAAAAUUUUUACGCGAUAUUACAAAAGAUAAAUAUGUUAAAACCAAGUUUGAAAAUAAUAAUUUAGUUGCUACAAUUGUUGUAGGCGCAUUAUAUCACGAAUAA